CGGGGCUCCGGGCCCCGCCUCCUCUCCCGUGAAGCGCUGACGCUGAGGGUCGCCGCGCAGCCUCCUCCGGGAGCGGCGCCGGAAGCCGGGUCAGCCCGGGGGUCGCGAGAUUGAGUCCCGGGAUGGCGCGCCAGGUGCCCAUCAGCUUUAAGGACCUGGCCGUGCGAUUCUCGGAGGAAGAGUGGCGGCUCCUACAGGAGAGAGAGAGGGAGUUCUACCGAGACGUGAUGCGGGAGAACUACGAGACACUGGUCUCUGUGGGGACAGCGGAGCUGCUUCCCCUCUCCGCUUUCCUGUCACCUACAGAGCCUGGAAGAGCCCCGGGGACAGAGAACUGCGCUGGACAGGGGCAGGGGCCUCCUGCAGGGGCUAGCCCCCAUGGAGGACAGCCCCAGCACAGCCUACACCUCACCGCCCUGGUGCAGCUGGUGAAGGAGAUCCCAGAGUUCUUGUUCAGGGAAGUCAAGGGCACUGAAGAUAGCCCUGAGAGCCGGGGAGCCAGCCUGGAUGGAGAGCGAGUGAGCCCCAGGGCAGCAGCUGUGGCGGCAGAGGCCUGCCCUCCUCCAGGCGUGCUCACCUGCCUUCCGGAGAGGCCCCCAGAGAGGCCCCCGAGCCGCACGGGCCUGGCCACCACACCUGCAGGCAGCUCCUCUUCAAGUGGCCCUCCAGGAGAGCCGGGGCAGGGAAGCCCCCUCCCCAUCAGAACUGCUGACAAACCUCAGCCUCCUGGAAAGGAAGGCCCUGGUGAGGAGCCCAGCCCGCCCACCUGUAGCCCUAGCCAUAGGAAGGGCCAGAGAAGACUGGAGAGAGGGACUGCGGGGCCAGGAAUCUCUCCCAGAAACAGCCCCUUGCAAGGCCUCGUCAACUGCCUCAAAGAAAUCCUCGUGCCUGCGCCCCAGCGCACUGAGGCAGCUCUGAGCUUGCAGCCUUCCCUCCCUCCCCGGAGUGUUUCCAAGCACACACAGGUGGAGAUGCCCGGGUGCCCGCCCUGGCCAGUGAAGACCGAGGCGGCCUCGGCGGCGGAGGACUGUCCCCUCAAGGGUCUGCUCAACUGCCUGAGGGAGAUCCCAGAAGCCCGGCACCAGCGUCCCAGCCCCUCAGCACCAGGGGAGCCAUGGCCACCAGAGGACACAGGGGCCUGGAAGAGGAAUUCUGGAGGUCACAGACGCCUCCACACCCCUCCGCCCCGCCCUGGCCCCGGCGGCACAUUCCCUGUGGUGAAGGUGGAGGACAGCUGGACCCAGAGCCCCCUGGGGCCUGCAUCAUGCCAGCUCAGCAGGCAAGGCUACAGUUCCUCCACCGCUGCAGACACCAGAAGGGGCCGAGUACCCCUGUGGGGCCCCACAAGUCAAGCCAGCAGGGCCUCAAGCUCACCCCUGGAAGCGCUGGAGGCCUGCCUGAAGGGCAUUCCCUCAGCUGGACCAUCACCUCCCCAGCUGGUGGCUGCUUCUUGGUCCCGGAGCCCCCAGCCAGGAGAUGCUGGGUCUCACAAGCCGGAGCUGCAGCCUCAAGGAUCGCACAGUGAAGAGGCCACGACGGAGCCCCUGCCACCGCUGGGCCUGCGGGGCUGUGUGAGAGAGGGCCCCAGCCAGCCCCCCGGCCCCCAGGGCACUCCCACCAGCUUCUCCUCCACCAGCAGCAUUGACGGCGACCUAGACUUCGGGAGCCCUGGGUACAGCCAGGGCCAGCAGUUUGGAAAAGGAUACCUGCCAGGAAGUUCCCCGCUCCAGAGCCUAGAGAACUGUCUCAGAGAGAUCCCUGUGCCCAGGCUGCAGCCUGCCUGGUCCUCUUCCUCUGCCGUGGACAGGGGACUGAGGAGGACGGAGCCCAGGAACUGGACAGCAGACAAGGAAGGACUAAGGGCUGAGGCCUGUGAGCCAGCCCGUCUCAGGCAGGGUGGGGGAGAAGUGCCCACCAGGAGCCUCCGUCUAGCCAGCCCACAGGCCUUCACCUCCAGCUGCAUGACCACCUGCCACCAGCGAAGGCCCAAAGAUCCAGGGCCCCCCAGGCCAGGCCCGUGGAGGUGGCUGCAAGAUGGGACAGCCACCAUGCCCUCCCCCCUGCACUGCCUGGAGAGCUCUCUGAAGGGGAUCUUGCCUAUGAAGCCCUUGCGCUUUACCUGCUUGGCCGGCCCUGGCCCCAGCCCCAGCCCCUGCUCUAGCUUGAGCCUCAGCAGCUCUGAUGGAGAAGACCUGAGGCUGGAUCCCGAGCUCUGGCAGCCACCCCUCCAGGAGAGAGACCACCUUCCCAGCUGCAAGCGUCCUCUCUCUGUGUCCCCUGCCCCGGGAGGGUCUCCCAGAGGUGGCGGCGGCGGUGGCAGCAGCAGCAGCAGCUGUGUUGGGGGACACCCUGAGGGACCACAGCCCAAGGACUAUGGCAGCCUCAGUACAGGAAAAACAGAAGAGGGGACAAUGGAGGUCAGGUCCCUGCCACCCAGGGGAGAAGAGGGUGCAGAGAGCCCUGGCCAUCCUGGCCCUCUGUGCAGUGGUGGAGAAGUAGAGGCCACUGGGCAUUCUAGUCCUGCCCCACGGCCAGAGGAAUAUCCUGUGCCCAGGGAGGAAGAAGAACCCAAGGGCCUGGAACCAGGACAUGGAACACCCCACGUUGCAGAUCCGUCCCAAGGUGGGCUGCUGUCCAAGGACCCCCUGGAACCUCCCAGCAAGUCCCCCCCACCCACAGCUGCCCCUCACCUGCCGCCGUGUCCCUGUGGGGGGGCCCUGCAGCAGGAGCUGCGCAGCCUCGGUGCUGCUCUCGAGGCGAAGCUGGACCGGCUGGCUGCGGCCCUCGUGGGCCUGACUCAGGAAGUGGCCACCAUGAGGACCCAGGUGGACCGGCUGGGGAGGCGGCCCCGGGGCCCCGGGCCCAAGCCGUGGGCCCUUCCUCGGGGACCUCGGUGGGCCAGUGGUCUGGGUCACAGACACCUGCCCUACUGGAGACAGAAGGGCCCCACCAGGCCUAAACCAAAGAUCUUGCGGGCCCAGGUGGAAGGUAGCAGGUCCGCUGACCUCCAGGGCCUCUCCAGAGGGAAGGCCUACCUGGUGCCUCCACCGCCUCCAGCUGCUCCUCCCACAGAACCUUCCAGGCCCAGCGUCAGCCCAGCCCAGCAGCCCCCCUCUUCAGCACCCAGCUGCCACGCUGCGCUGCCUGGACAGCCCCUCCUUGGACACGCUGGGCGCCACCAGAGCCCUCCUCCACCCUUAGUACCUGCUGCCUUGUCUCCUCGGGUGACCCCCCCUGCAACCAGUUCGGAUACAGACCCGCUGACUUCAGGGUUGUCACCGAUCAGCACCCCAAACAAGCCCAAGGAGCCAAGCAGCCUUGUGGGGGGAGGCCUCCGGGAGGACCUGUGGGGUGGUGAACACCGGGACCCACGGUGGGGGGCCCGUUAGCUACUCGCUGUCAGUCAGCUUGUCUUCCUGGCGUGCCCGCCCGGGCAGCCUCUCUGUCGGGUCCCCUCUCCCGCUGGGCCCUCAGCCCUGCUCCUGGACGCACAGACCCAUGGUGGUGUCUGCGCUCAAGGCCCCGUGGCGAUGUUUCUAGCCACACCUCAGGGUUUCUUGGCUCAGGGUCGGCCAGAUGCUCCCCUGACCUCUCCAGAGCCGUCCCGCGGUGGGCCAGUGGCAUGCGCAGCAUGGCCAUGAGGCACCCUCCACCAGCCCCUCCUGAUCGCCAGCACAGAUCUCCUUUUGGAAGAACCAAUGUGGUUUAAACCAGAUUUACUCACACGGAUUCUAGAACAUGAGCUACUAAAGAAAGGCCCUUGGCUCCCAUCCAGUAGUGCUCAGCGAGACCCACGCGGGGGCCAUGGCUGACAUGACUGUGUCACCAGUACCGCCAGAGCGCGCGCACACACA